AUGACUGCAGCAAAUGCCUCGGGAGUGUCUGAAUUUGUGUUCCUGGGCCUCUCCAAUUCCUGGGAGAUCCAGAUUUUUCUUUUCUGCUUUUCUUGCCUCUUUUAUGCAUCCAGUUUGACAGGAAAUCUCCUCAUAGUUGUCACCGUGGUGUUUGACCCUUACUUACAUUUGCCUAUGUAUUUCCUGCUGGCCAACUUGUCUGUCAUUGAUCUGAUAUUUUGUUCCAUUGCUGCACCCAAGAUGAUCUGUGACCUUUUCAGGGAGCAGAAAGUCAUUUCGUUUGGGGGCUGUAUAGCCCAGAUCUUUUUUAGCCAUGCUGUAGGAGGCACAGAGAUGGUGCUGCUCAUAGCCAUGGCCUUUGACAGAUACGUGGCUAUCUGCAAGCCUCUGCACUACCUUCCCAUCAUGAGCCCACGCACGUGUACUUUAAUUUUAGUGCUUGCGUGGACCAUUGGUGUCAUCCACUCAUUAGCACAGUUGGCUUUUGUUGUGAACUUGCCCUUCUGUGGCCCUAACAUAUUGGACAGCUUUUAUUGUGACAUACCUCGGCUCAUCAGGCUUGCGUGCACCGAUACUCAUAAACUGGAGCUCAUGGUCACUGCGAACAGUGGGCUCAUCUCCCUGGGGGCGUUCAUCCUGCUCAUCCUCUCUUACGUCUUCCUCCUCUCCACCCUUCAGAAGCACUGGGCUGCAGGCUCAUCCAAAGCUCUGUCUACUCUGUCUGCUCAUAUGACUGUAGUGGUCUUAUUCUUUGGUCCACUGAUAUUUUUCUACAUGUGGCCCUCUCCUUCAACACAUCUGGAUAAAUUUCUAGCCAUAUUUGAUGCAGUUCUGACUCCCUCUCUAAACCCAGUCAUCUACACAUUCAGAAACAGAGAGAUGAAGAUAGCAAUAAGAAGAUUGCUCAGUCAGCUCCUGGGUGGCAGAGGGCCACUUAGAUGGUUUGGUUGA